AUGUCAGACCUCACCGACCAGACCUCGCUGUCAUCCGAUUCAGAUACCGACAGGGCAUCCCAUGCGGGGCCAUCGGGUACACCUAGAACAAGUCGAGGGAGAGGACGAGGGAAAGCCGCCCGAGGUAGGGGGGCUCGGGGGGCUAGAGGGGCAGGAACCCGAGGAGGUUCGGCCCUCACCAAGAGAGCCGGUCGCGGCACUUCGUUGCCUCAGUUCCCACCACGAGAACAUUCCUCGCCUUCAUCCCAGGGCUCUCGAUCCUCCGGGUUCGUCGCUUCACCUUCACCCGAACUUGGCGCCCCUCCGAACGGUCAAUCCGCCCAUGGCGCCGCGCCGAGCGACAACGAGGAAGGAUUGGUCAACCUUACCUCCGGACCCGAAGAUGACGAUCGACAAUCCGACAGCCAGAACCCCGAAGAGGACCAGGAAGAGGAAGACAAAGAUGUAGACUUGAAAGAUAAUGACGACGCCGACGGUUCUCAAUCGUCAUCGUUGUCCGAGACCUCGAGCCUUUCUUCGACCGGUUCACCUGGACCCCAACCCGCUGGAUUGCUCAACGAGUCUUCAACUACCAACGCGUUCCCGAUACACAGAGGACUGAAGCGAGGUCGGAGCUCCCCACUCACCGAUCUAUCGGCCGACGAAUCGGAAAAGGAACACGAUCGUGCCGAAUCCGACGAGGACGAGGCACCCCCCACGGCGACUUCGAAGCGGAGUCGGAAACGCGUCGUCGAGAGUGAGUCGGGCAGUGAGGAUGAUGCGACGGAUGUAAUUAGCUCGCGCAGACGUCAGGGCGACGAUGACGACGACGGAUCGGGGUUCGAUGAUGACGACGACGACGACGACGCUGCCGCGGAGGCGCGAGCCUUCGAUCUGGGCGAGGCAAGUCCUGCUUUGACUGAUUCGAAUGCACCCACCCGCGACGGAACGCCCAACGACGCGUCACGAGACACCACACCUGUGCCUCGUGGGUCAGCAUUCACGGCCAAGAGUCGAGGUCGGGGCAGACCGAGGGGAGCGAAAAAGUCGUUUCCAACGUCGGGCGCAGGAAGAGGUCGAGCAUCGCCCAAGAACACCAAUACUUCAACUAUGGCCCUUCAGAGUUUCCUCACCCCGAUGCGGGCUACAAGAGCUACAGUUACAUUACCUCCAGGCUAUAUCGAGGGCAUAGGGAGCAGUCGCUGGCCCAAGACCUCUCAGGGCGGUUCUCACGGCAAAACCACGUCGGUCGAGCCCUCAGAACGACACGCAAGCGAGGAGAGUCAGAGCACCGAAAUGACCGUGGAUGUAGAAGAAGUGUCCGCCACACCAGUUGAUGAUUCCCCGCCCCCCGUCGCUUCGAGCAGCGGCAGUAAGCGCGAGGAGACGAGCGCUGAGCCGACUUCAACAACAGGCAAGGGCGCAGCACUGACCGCGAAGCCGGCUGAGCUCGAGGACGACACUCAGUGGCCAAUGCCAAACAUCGCUCUGGCCACGCCAACCGAAGGAGACGAGCUCGUUGCAGAGAUUGCAGUCGUUGCACCGUCAGAGAACGAGCUUGUCUUGAAGGAAGAGGAAGACGGCAGUACAGAGCCGGAGGUCGAGGUGCGCGCAUCCCCAAAACCCAAACCCAAAGCGACGGGCAAGAAGGGACGGAAAGGUAAGCAAAAGGCUGCUUUGGACUCCGAGGUCAUCUCGGAUAGGCCAACUCUCUGUAAGUUACGGAUUCGCACCAUCUUUGUCUCUGACCUGGGCAGAAUAAAUACUGAUCGCUUAUUUCCUGUGAUUCGUGCAUCAUUUUAGCAAAACGGAGGCGGUUGUCGGAAGGCGAGAUUGAGCGCAAUGCCCAGCGAAACACCGCGCGAAUGGCCCUGCUCGCACAACUUGCGGCCGAAGAGCAAAAUAUUAUCGACGGAACCCAUCCGAUGGUCGAGGCCGCGUACGCUAGACUUCGAGAGGAGAAGCGACGACGUAUCGCGGGUCUUUCACGGACACAGAGCUGGCGCGAGAUUGCCCACGAACGGGAAAGGGACGCAUCGAUACAGAAAGUCUGGGUGGCCUGGGCCGACGCCAAGGAUCAACUCCGGAUGAGCAUGUUCACCGAGAACCACCAGUCUCUGCGACAACUUGUAUACGAGGAGAAGCAACUGCCGUUUCUGCGCGAUCAUCCGCUGCUGAUGGACGAGUGUCAAGUGCCACCGACGCCGCACUUUCGAGCGCCGAUCCUGGAGGGGAACCAGGCUUUCGCGCCUCGGAAGGUCAUUCAUGCGGGGCAUUACCUGGAAGCGCCACCCACGAACAAGGCGCUCGACCAUUCUGCGGGGCAAUUAUCGAACGAAGAGAUCAAUGCAGAUCUUGCCGUGCUGAUGAACCCCGACGAGGUCUUCGGCCCACCCCGUCCUCAAGCGUCCCCUACCGUACUCGAUGUCAGCCCUAUCAUGACAGCUCCUCGACCUGUCGGUGUGCCUGUAUACCCCUACGCCCCUGCAUACUACUACGUCCACGCUUCGCAGUAUGGGUCGGUACCUGCGGGCCACCCGGCUCCUCCCCAUGCAUAUUAUGCAAUGCCUCCAACGCCGGCCACGGCGCCCACGCCACCAUUCACACACGCCGCCUCAGCUCUAGGGCCUGCACAACACUCGCAUCAGCAUCCACACCAGCACCAGCAUCAACAUCAUCACCACCACCACCAUGCGCAUGCUCCAGGUCCCGCUCCUGCCACUCCAUCUUACGAUCAUCACCACUCGCACCCGCGGCCGAUGAGUCCGCCGGUCUCGAACACCAAAACAAAGCAAGCUACAGUAGGUACGCUUCCUCAAUCGCGAGCGUCUCUGGAUGGCACCUCGUCGUCGCCCAAAUCGCAAGCGCCGCCCUCGGCGGCCGCUGCGCCUCCAGCGCUUUUCCGGUUCCCCGGCCCCCGCAGCGCAUCAGGAAACCCCAGUGCAUCUCCCCCAGCUCAUGCUCUGCAACAUUCCAGGGACAGGGACCCUGGCACAAACACCUACCCGUACCCGUCGAUGAGCUUAGGCUCUUAUUCCAAGACGGCUUCGGGGACCCAUGGGCAAGGCGUCGCUCAGCCCCAAGUGACUUCGUACAGCCCACAUCCCUCGGGACCAUACGGCUGGGGCGCGCUGGCGCAAAACUCGGCCCGAGCUCCGUCGACCGGCCCUACAGCAAGCAAUGCGAACAAGAGCGAAAGUGGUCAACAAGGUGGUACAAAUUAUGGUGUCCAAGGGAAUGGUCAGCAGAGCCAUUACGCAUAUUGGGGAUGA